ACCCCGAUCCUCCUCCUCCUCCGCCCCUCCCCUCUCCCGUCCAGGCGCCGGCGGCCGGAGAGAUGGGGCCUCCUCCGAAGAAGCUGGUCUACAGCUUCGUGGCGCGCGGCACCGCCGUGCUGGCCGACCACGCCGAGUCCUCCGGCAACUUCGCCUCCGUCGCCGCGCAAUGCCUCCAGAAGCUCCCGCCCAACAACAACCGGCUCAGCUACAACUGCGACGGCCACACCUUCAACUACCACAUCCACGAUGGAUUCACAUAUUGUGUUGUUGCUACCGAGUCUGCUGGUCGGCAACUUCCAAUCGGCUUCAUUGAGAGGGUUAAGGAGGAUUUUGCCAAGAAAUACAGCGGAGGAAAAGCCAAAACUGCUGGUGCCAAUAGUCUCAAACGAGAAUUUGGGCCUAAGCUUAAAGAACACAUGAAGUACUGUGACCUGCACCCUGAGGAAAUUGACAAGCUUGCAAAGGUGAAGGCUCAGGUUUCAGAGGUGAAAGGAGUAAUGAUGCAAAACAUUGAAAAGGUACUAGAUCGUGGUGAGAAAAUCGAACUGCUUGUUGAUAAGACCGAGGAUCUCCGGUCACAGGCACAAGAUUUCAAGAAGCAAGGAACAAAGAUACGGCAGAAGAUGUGGUGGGAGAACAUGAAGAUAAAGCUCAUCGCUUUUGGCAUCAUUGUCUUGCUGAUCCUUGUCAUCAUCUUGACAGUUUGCCGUGACUUCAAAUGCUGGUGAUGUGACUCGAGAGUGCACUGCUCACCUCACCCUUACGGUUUAAACUACUGUUAUAGCCUUCAGUUUGACGUUGCAUCGCCGAAGAGGAGAAAGAAAUGCAGGAAAGGAAAUAAGGGGAAAUUAAUGGGCAUGCUGCUACAACAUGCGUAGAGAGCGAUGUUUAUGAGAAAACAACCACAUAGGGAGUGCAUCACCAUCGAUCGUGUCGUGAUUCUAGAAUCCGUCAGUGAUAUUAUAGUUUCUGCUGAUCACGUUCUUUAAUUUAGUUAUAUAUAUCUAGGUCCAAAGGCUCACAAUAUAUAACAGAGCCAAUCCUCAAAUAUUUAUUUUACUAGUAUAAUGUUGUAAUUCAGAUGAGGUACUUUUGCUGCAAUUCCGUACAGAGAUUUGAUCUUCUUGAA